UCACACUUAUUUAAUAUACGUGAUAUAAAUGAAUAUCUGCCGCAGGUUUAGUCAGUAUGUUAACAAAAACUUAGCGAAAAUGAGGAUUGUCCAGUUUAAACUUAACGAUAACAAAGUUAGAAUAGGUGUACUAAGUGGUGAUAAUGUGAUUGAUGUUAAUGCUAGUGAUACAACUAUUCCGAAUUCUUUAGUUGAAUUCUUACAAGAUGAAAAUGCUUUGGAUAAAAUUAAAAGAAUUGCUUCAAAUCCGAAAGAACAGCAUACCUUGACAAGUGUCAAACUUUUAUCCCCGAUUACCAAGCCUGAUAAAAUAUUGGGAGUUGCAUCUAAUUACAAGGAUGACUGCAAAAUGAGAAAUAUUCCAUAUCCCAAGGAGCCAAUGGUUUUUAGUAAAUUUGCUUCUGUGAUAAUCGGACCUAAUGAUCCAAUUCCUAAAUCGGACGCAACAAAUGCGCUUGACUGGGAAGUAGAGCUUGUUGCGAUUAUAGGAAAAAAAGCCCAAUAUGUUAAAGCGAAGGAUGCUAUGGAUUAUAUUUUCGGUUACACAGUCACUCAAGAUCUGACCGCUAAAGACUGGGUAAUGAGAAACAGUGGCCAAUUGGUUAUGUGUAAAAAUUUUGAUGGAUUUUGCCCGCUAGGCCCUUGGAUUGUAACGAAAGAAGAGUUGGGAGAUCCCUAUGAUGUAAAACUAAAAACUUGGGUUAACGGAGAAUUAAAACAAAAUGGUCAUUCAGAUAAUAUGCUGCAUAGAAUUGACACUCUCGUAGAGUAUCUAACAAGCGUGAUGACGUUGCUUCCUGGUGAUGUAAUACUUACUGGAACACCCUUUGGCGUUGGUGCCAGCCAAAUUCCACCGCAAUAUUUACAGAAAGGCGAUUUGUUGGAAAGUGAAGUAGAUAAAAUUGGAAAAAUGUCUCAUAGAAUAGUAUAGUAUUUUUUAAAUAAAUAAUAUUACUGUAAUAUAGGUGUUAUAAUGAUAUUGGUUUUUUUAUAUACAGUGUAAUUUUUCAGUAAAUUUCAGUUGUUGUAUCUUA